UGAAACAUUGUGCGUCUCACCCUGAUGAGACCAUAACAGCAUCAGUCUAUAAGUAUAUAACUGUAGAUAGCGAAAAAUGCAAAUCUGACAUUGGCAUUACGAAUUUGUUACGUUUAUAUGACAGAUUGAAUAUUAAUCAUACAUAAAAUAGAUGACGAACGUUUAGGAAAUACAUAAAGACACUAAUAAACAGAGUGUCCUUAUCAAUAUUGCAGUAUAACCAAAAAAUAUGUUGUUUAAUGCUAUCUCUCGUGUUCAACAACACUGCCUUCAUAAUUAGUUAUUGGUGAUAGAAUUUGCAGAUAAGAAAAUAUGCAGAGCGACGAUGAAAUGCUCAAUGGACAAGCUCAACAACCCUUAAAAGCUGACGAAUGUCGAAUGUACGGGGUACGAUGGUUCAUUUUGGCCAUAUUUGUAGCUUACUCUGCAACAAAUUCUGUGCAGUGGAUUCAAUUUUCAAUCAUAGCAGAUGUUAUAAGGGAUUAUUAUUCCGUUUCUUACUCUGUAGUGGAUUGGACUUCAUUAGUAUACAUGGUGCUUUACAUACCCUUCAUUUUCCCAGCCAGUUAUUUGCUCGAUAAACUCGCCCCCUUUCGCCUCUGUUUCCUGGUCUAAUAGAUAUAAUAAAUGAGCGAUUUCAAUGUCGAAUAAGCUAUUGGAUUUUAAUCAUAUUUAUUUCACAUC